UAGCGGCUCCGUCUGCGCAUGCGCACGACGGGCGGCGUGAGGCUGUGUGCUGUCUGAAUGAAAACGCACUGAUUUCAACCCCCAAAAUGAUGAAAUUUCUGCCCAAGCUGCUGCUGCUCGCCCUGUUAGCCUUCCCGGCGACCCUCCUCGUGAAAGGGCCGGAGGUCAUGGCUCAGGAUCUGACUGAGGAUGAGGAGGCGGAGGCUGUGGACGAAGACGUGGUGGAGGACGUGACGGCGGAGGACGAAGACGACGAGGCUGAGGUGGAAGAUGACGAGAACGUGGAGCUGACAGAGGAGAAAGAAGACGAAGAAGAGGAGGCGCUGGUGGGGGAGAUGAAGGCCUCGCCCAACGCAGACACCACCAUCCUCUUCGUCAAAGGAGAAGACUUUCCUGCCAACAACAUCGUGAAGUUUCUGCUGGGUUUCACCAACAAAGGUUCAGAGAACUUUGUGGUCGACUCUCUGGACGCCUCCUUCCGUUACCCUCAGGAUUAUCAGUUCUACAUCCAGAACUUCACGGCGCUGCAGCUGGGCACCGUGGUUCCUCCCAGCCGACAGGCCACCUUCGAGUACUCCUUCAUCCCCGCAGAGCCGAUGGGAGGACGGCCCUUCGGCCUCGUCAUCAACCUCAACUACAAAGACGCCAAUGGAAACGUCUUUCAGGACGCCGUCUUCAACCAGACUGUCACCAUCACUGAAAAAGAAGAUGGACUGGAUGGAGAGACGAUCUUCAUGUACGUCUUCCUCUCCGGCCUCGGGCUGCUCGUCGUCGUCGGCCUUCACCAGCUGCUGGAGUCCAGAAAGAGACGGCGUCCGGCUCCAAAAGUAGAAAUGGGAACGUCGAGCCACAACGACGUGGAUCUGAGCUGGAUCCCUCAGGAGACGCUGAACCAGAUCAUGCAGAGUCGCAGAGACAAAGCUUCUCCCAGAAGAUCUCCUCGCAAAAGGAGUCAGAAACGCUCGGCCGGCUCCGACGAGUGACGGAGUCUGAUGACAUCACAGUGGAAAAGCUCCGCCCACAUGUCAGAGGAGGAGGAGGAGGAGGAAGAGGAGCAGCUCACGGUGGUCUCUCUGCUGAGGGAGUCGAACCAGUGCCAAGCACAGCACAGGCUGGAGCUUACGAACUGUACCACACCUACACACACACAUACACUCUCAGUUUUGUGUUUUGUUUUGAAGAGUCAGACAGGAAGUGGAAAUCGAUCUCAUUUGUACUUUUCUAGUUUUGCUGAUUUGAAGCUUCUCGUGUCGGUCUGUUCGGCGGCGUCCUGCAGAUGUUUCCCGUCUCUUCACUCUCUUCGUCUGUCUGUCCUCCCUCUGUGUCUCUCCGUCCGUCCUGUGCUGGACGCGUCCCUCUGUGUCUUCACGUCUCACUUCCUGUUCAAGAGCACUGAUGUAAAUACUGCUGACAGACGCACAGGACCCUGCUAAUUUAUUCAUUCUGCCAUCGGAGGGCGCCACUGAUCAGCUACACUCCAGCAGAGCUUGGCUCAGUUUACUCUCUGUGUGUGUGUUUGUGUGUGUGUGAGUGUGAGAGAGAGUGUACGUGUGAGUGUUUUUUUUCUAAACGACAAAAUGAAAGAGGGGCUGUCAUUGAAACAAGCUUUUAUUUUGAUUUGCUUUUAAAUGUGCUGGAAAAUAAACUUUGAUUUACUUAAAAACUG